AUGAUUGAAGAUGCCAACAAGAAAGCCUAUUUUGGUAUCAUUGAUCAAGAUGAUGAAAAGUUGGCUCCAGGAUUUAGCUGGGAUCAUUAUUUGGAUGAGAAUAGAGAGUUUAAAGCUUUUAUCGCUAAAAUUGUUCAAAAGCCAGAAUUGUUGAAGGAAUGGAUAGCAGUGUUAUCUGAUGAAGAGAAAAGUGAAGAUGAAGGAUCCGUUUCAUCAGAAAACAGUUCAUCAGAGACAAGUGAUGAUGAGGAGGAGAUUGAACAGAUAAAUAUUGGAAAAACUCAUAUACUAGAAGUUAUACCAAAAGAAUCACCCUAUCCAAAGAGACAUGAAGAUUUGAUAAACAAGGGCGAUUUUCUUGAUAGAAGCUCAUCACCAGAUGCACAGGAUCAAGUACAUAGAAUGGAAGGUACAACACAAACAUCACGAAUCAAAGAUACAGUCAUGGAGGAUAAAACUCAGCAAUCAAGAAUGGAAGGCGCACAUCUUGACCUACAAUCUGAUAGUGAAUCAACACCACAUGCUGCAACAACCAAUCUUGAUCAAGAGUCUACUGCCAUAACUGGUGCUAGCAUGAAAAGAGAUAUCAGAUCAGAAUUUGAUGAAGAGGAUGAUCUAGAGAUAACAACAGGAGGAGAUCAGAUUUCUGAUCAAGGAAGCUUGGAAAUAUUGGAAAAUCAGCCGUCACCCGCCACCACCCAACUCCGCCCCUACUGUCUCCCACCGCCGUCACCUGCCACUACCCACCAUCCCGACACCACCCCUGCCACAGCCGCCACCCACCCCACCCCCACCCCCACCUCCGUUGUCACCCGCCACCCACGUCCACCUCCACCACCAUCGACGUCACCCACCACCAUUGUCGCCGCCGCCACCUACCUCCGUCUCGGCCCCCACCCACCGUCAUUGCCACCUACCGUCACCACCGCUCCUAUCACCACCCACCACCACCGACUACCGUCACUCACCACCGAUUUUCCUUCGUCUAUUCUUUCCUACCAAACAAUACAAAGUAAUGAUUCAUUUUAUUCUCACAUGGUAACCAAACAAGAGAUGGGAUUGUAA